AUGUUUUCUUAAUCGAAAAAAAGACCUACAAAAUACUUAACAAAAUGGUUAAUCUAUCAGUACCAAAGAUAUUAUUUGUUUUUGUAUUUAAAUUAUUCUAUUGAUAAUUGUUUACUUGAUUCAAAGAUUAUUUUUUUCAAAGCAUAGAGAAGAAUUAUAACAUCAUUAAAUUUUCAUUUAACUCAAUCUGAACUAGACCAAUUAAAAUAACUUGAUUCACACCAAUAAGUAAAUUUAUAACUAUUUUUAGGGUUUUCUGGCAAACAACUCAUUGAUUAAUUUAGGUCGAAUUAAUAACUUGAUUGAUCAACUGUGUGAAAAAUUGAUUGGAGAUGAAAAGUUACUGAUAAAGUAUGAAAAAUUCACCAUAAGAAUAAUUCUAGUAAUCUUUUUCUAUGGAGAUUUACAAUAAAUUAAAUAGAAGUAAAUUUUACUUAAAUUAAAUAAUCAAGAAACUUGA